AUGUCAAACGCCACCGAACAAUCGAUGCUGCCGCUGUUUGUGCUGCAAGAGCAUGCCGAUCCAGUUCUGUGCUGCAGGUUUUACCCCUCUGAAGUGUACCAGCGGGAUGAAUCAAGCUGGUUCCUCUCCGGAGAUGCAGGUGGGCAUGUAGUAUUGUGGAACCUUUCCACACGGCGCAAGAUAGUCUCCUUUUUGGCCUUGGCGGAGGCCCACCGGCAACUCCGUAGUUGCUCCCAAGAGGGCUUUCAUACCGACUCUCCGGUAGCAGGUGGGUUUCGGCCCGGAAGCUCGGUGCUGCUGGAGCAAGCUGUUACACCGGCCUUCGGUCCACACAGCCAUAGCAUUUUAUCAGUAGGCUUUAUCCCUUUGUCGCUUUCGUCUCCGCAGAGAGCAGCACGCCCAGAUCGUAGCGGUGUUGUGGACGCAUUGCGGCGUGGGGUGGAUGCCGAAGUGCCGAGCGGCGCAGUGUGUCCCAGUGUACUUGACCAUGCCGCCAAGAGUCCUAGUGGCUGGACGAGGCCGGGACGUCAGCGAUUUCGACUUUCUCGACGGGAACCAACGCGCAGCCUCGACUCUCAGAAAAUGUUAGCCUCAUCAACAGGUGACGUUCUGGAUGAUAGCGCACCAGGAUUGGACUUCACGCCUUCGUCAACGAUUUGCUUUUACACACACUGUCGCGAUCAGCGGGUGUACAUCUGGUGCCUGAAGCGCCAGUGUGCUGAUGUACCUGCCGCUUCAUUGCCCACUCGAGUGCCGCAGCUUGUCGUGGUGCUCACCGCCCCCCAACAUGCCUUCUGUCCAGCGGAGAGCAUCUCGAAGGUCGUGAGCCAUUUCACGCGGACUUAUCUCGCCGUUCCUCACGAGUUAGGAGGUGAGGUGACGGUCUGGGAGUUGGCAUGGCGAAACCCCAGCAGUGUGCAGCCCGCGAAUGGAACGGUGUCGGAAGAAAGCGGGGCUUUCGACGAGCCCCGCUCGUCGGUGAGCUGUGCGAACGUCUACGAGGAAGAGGAGGAGAAUGUAAGCACAUCAGGGAUGAACCCAAUGGAUGCUCUCAUUGCACGGGCAGCUGCGGAGGAGCGACGUCAGGCGGCGAUGGAACAGAAGCCCUCUAAAGUUUCUGGGGAAAGUGAGGUUAACCAUCCUUCUCAACCCGCAGCUUUUCUCAAAUCUGUGGCCUCCAGCGGCGAACGCGCCUCGAUCCUAUGCUACGCUCACCCGGCGGCCACCACGGCGUCCGGCAACUUCUCCGUCCGGCGUUUAUGCACCUUCUCGGCAUGCCCUACGUUCAAGGGAGGCACGAUCAUGCGCCUUACCAUGUGCCAUGACGCGCAGCACCUCACUGUAGCAUUUGAGAGUGGCCACAUCGUGCUGGUUCGCUAUCGCCAUGCGGAUGCGACAGACAUGAUAGAACAGCCGGGAGAGGUAUUCCAUCCUCAUGGAUCUUCGCCUGUUGCCCAGGUGCGCAAUGUCACCCGCGCUUUUGCCGAAUCGGCGCUGGUCUGUUGGUGGAGUGGGCGACGGAUGCUUGCCUGCUCCUCAGAGGGAGCCAUGCACUGCUACGACGUGGCGGCGACGGCGGGGGAGCUUUUGGAGGCGCGGUUGAUGUGGAGUGUGACAGUGCGGAAAGGAAUCGGUAGCGUCUUCUUGCAAAGGAAUCUCGUCGUUGCGGGUUGCUGGGACAGCACACUGCGGCUGUACGACGCGCGAGAUGGGCGACUUGUCAGCAUUCUCAGCUACCAACGAGAAACGAUAAAUGAUGUGCGAAUGGCACCACCGUCAAUCGCGCGUGUCGCGGCGUUUGGGUUUGACGUGCGCCAGCCGAGGAUGUAUGUCGACUUGCCUCGCACUCUUUCCACCACCAUCACGGCUCGCAUUGCAUCCAGCUCUACGCCCGCCACGCAGGGCAGCCCCCUACAACUCAAUGAGUCGCCUUUGCGCGAAGUCGACGUCUCGGGCGCGACACCCCCAAACAGCAGCUCGGAGACGCUGAGUGAAGAGGAGCAGCUGGUAUACUUGUUUGCGUCCGUGAGCAAGGACCGCACGGUAGCGCUCUGGCGUGUGGACCUUGGACUUGUGGUGGAACAGGCGGCUCGCAAAGCCAUCACUGCUUGA